AUGUUUAUCCGACGUUUACCAUCGAACGUUCAAAGUAUUUUCGCUGGGCACACAGAUCUACCACUGGAGAAGCUAGCGUCUAUGGCAGAUAGAAUUUUGGAUGCUACAACACAAAAUGAUUCUGCGAGGCCAGCUCCGUCGCCGUCUACAGCAUCUGAUUCAUCUGAUAGGACAGAUCCUGAAAUAGAGGAUUUAUCUCGUCGUGUGGACGCACUUAUGCGUCAAGUGUCAGUCCUAACAGUCAGAGUUUUGCAAAAUCAAAAUGAAAAUAGGUCAUCUAACAGGUCCCGUUCUCGACCGUACCGACCUGAACAAGAUUUUUGCUGGUAUCACCGACGCUGGCGAAAUAAGGCUCAUAAAUGCAUAAUUCCAUGCGCCUGGAAUGAAAUUUCUUUACCGAAAAGAGGAAGAAUG